AACAUAUGCGCCAGAGCCACAAACAUUUCAAAUCUGUAUAUAAACACCAGCUGACAGCUUAUUGAACAACAUUAACUCAACGAGUGUGCAUCUCAAUACUUACAGUUCUUUACUUGCAAACAAAUAAUCACAAUGUUUAAGUUGUUCGUUUUGUUCUCCUUCUUCGCAAUGGCUUUCGCCCGUCCCGGAUUUCUGCACUCGGCUCCAAUCCUAACCACUUACCAGGAGGAACCUCACUUGGCCACUCUGCCCGCUUCGGUACAUAUCGUCGAGCCAUUGCUCACAACGCAUCAAAUUGUAACACCUCUGCUUCAUGGUACCAUACUUAAUCGCGGCUUGCACUGAGUACCGCACAGGAACUGGAGACCGGCAGCCUCAAUACAAUACAUACAUACAUAUAUACGAUGAAUUUUGAUUUAUUACCAAUAAAGCGCUGCAAUGAAAAGUAAUAAAAGUUUCUUAUAUAUGAGUGUA